AUGAGCUCCCCCUCCGACCCCCCACCAACCCAAAAACUCCUCCUCAUCUUCCGCAAAGACCCAGACAGCAGCUUCUCCCUCGUCAAUGACCCCGGUUUACCCGUCUCCAACGCCUCUCCCGUCGUUCACGCCGGUGGCAAGAAUCUCGUCGUCGUGCCUUUGCUUCUUGCUGCUAUUACUGAGGCGACGAGGUCGAAUGUGCAGUCUUAUGGGGGGUUUAACUUCCUCAUGAGCUGGGCCGCAAACGACGGAAGACAUUACUAUGUGAUUCUGGAAAAACUGCCCCCCACGCCCAAACCAGACAACAACAACAAUGACAGCAGCGACUGGAAUAAUAAUUCCUCUUCCUUACCACCCCCAAAUACAGAUGACCCAACUCCAGCCUGCGAUUGGGACAACAACAACAACCAAUCCGACAACAACCAGAGUAACCCCCUCGACGAGUGGAACCCAGCGCCACCCCCUACUACCGAUCCUACGUCGCCGGAUAAUAUGCCGUCGUCUAGACCUAGGGCUAAUUCUAAUGCUUCGGGGUAUGAUGUGCGUCACUGGGCGCGUAGUCCGUCUGACGCGGGGGGUGGAGGUGGUGGGCGCAGUUCUCCUGUGAACAAUCGUGCUCCUAGUGCUGCGGGAUCUGGAUUGGGAUCUGGAUUUUCGCUUCCGGCGUCUCUUGUAGAUGAAGGGUGGUGA